AUGGUAUCGGUAAUAACCGCGAAGUAUGACUGGAUUCUAGCCCUUACCACCAUCGCUUUCGUUUUCAGUGCCUUCGGCAAUGGUGCCAACGAUGUCGCCAACGCCUAUGCCACUUCAAUUGCAGCCCAGACGCUCAGCAUGGCCAUGGCCGGUGUCCUGGCUAUAUUCACCGAGUUUAUUGGCGCAGUAGCCAUGGGCAAACGAGUCACCGAUACAAUCAAGAACGGCAUCAUCGAUAUCAAGCGCUUUGACGACAAGCCUGGUGCGCUCAUGUUGGCCAUGGGCUGUGCCGAGGUUGGCAGCGCUUCGUGGUUGAUGUUCGCCACUCGGAUGGGCUGGCCUGUCUCGACCACGCAGACUAUCGUCGGUGCCCUCAUUGGUGUUGGUUUUGCGAGCGAGGCUUCUAUCAACUGGGGCUGGACAAAGGGCAGUGUCUCCCAGGUUGCCGCAUCUUGGGGUAUUGCCCCUCUCGUGUCAGGUGCCUUCUCGGCUAUAAUCUUCGGUACUCUGAAGUACAGCGUCCUUGAACGUCAAGAUUCCUUCAAAUGCGGCAUGCGUAUGAUUCCAGUCUACCUUGCCUUGACAGGAGCCAUCCUCGCCCUCUUCAUCGUCAUCGAAGCCCCCACGGCACCCUCAUUGGAAGAGUUUGGUGCUGGCAAGGCAGCCGGCAUCAUUGUGGGUGUAUUUUUUGGCUGUCUCAUCAUUGCAUAUGUCUUCUUCAGGCCAUACUUCAUCCGCCGUCUCGUCCGAAACGAUCCCCGUAUCAGGUUCUAUCACAUCCCUCUCGGCCCCCUACUGCUGAGGGAAAACCCACCGCUAUACUUUCCAGGAAAGGGCGAUGAGGCCGUGAUUAGCUACUAUGAAGAUGCUUACGGGCAAGUGCGAGCCGGUCAGAAAGACGCAGACAAAGAAAACGUCACAUUGAAUGCAGACUCUGUCAUGCCCACGCCGGAGAUUACAGCAAUGUCCAGUCCGGCCCACAUAGGGGAUGAUGAGGAGAAGGUUACACCGGAACCUAAGCCACAGAAAAAGCACCUCGAACCAACGGAGCGGUUCAUCGACCCUGUCCGACACCUAUCCUGGACAAAUCCCCUGAAGGCUCUCGGUUAUAUCAAAUGGCUUUUGCUUCAGGGCGUGACGCGUGAUGUGAUUACACACGACUCCCCUGAACUACGAGCGAUCCACGCACGUGCUCACCGGUAUGACGACCGCGUUGAACAUCUCUGGACAUACUGCCAGGUGGUGUCGGCGAUGAUGAUGUCAAUUGCACACGGCUCGAAUGAUGUGGCCAAUGCCGUUGGGCCAUGGGCUGCUGUGUAUGGCACGUUCCAUGCCGGAUAUGUCGAGACCAAGGCACCCACCCCUAUCUGGUUCUUGGUUAUUGCUGGUCUGCUACUCGGUCUUGGAUUCUGGGUUUACGGGUACCAUAUAGUUCGUGCUCUGGGAAACAAGAUCACGCAGAUGUCGCCGACGCGUGGAUUCAGUGUUGAGCUUGGAGCAGCCAUCACCGUGAUGUUGGCUUCAAGGCUUGCCUUGCCUGUUUCCACGACGCAGUGCUUGACCGGGUCCGCCAUGGGCGUUGCUCUCAUGAACUAUGAUCUUGGUGCUGUCAAUUGGAAGCAGCUUGUCUUUAUUUUUGGUGGUUGGGUCUUGACUUUGCCUUGUGCAGGAUUGGUUUCGGGACUGAUUUGUUUGAUGGCGUUGAAUGCUCCUCAUUUGUAG